AUGUACGACGCGGUCCAUCUAUUUGCAAAAGCUCUCCAUGUACUGGACGCCUCUCAACAAAUGGAAAUUAAAGCACUGUCCUGCGAGUCCUCAGACACUUGGUCUCAUGGCUACUCGCUGAUCAAUUACAUGAAAAUAGUGGAGAUGAACGGCCUAACCGGGCUGAUUAAGUUCGAUCACCAGGGGUUCCGCUCUGAUUUCAUGCUUGACAUAAUCGAGUUAAAUAAUAAAGAGGGGCUCAAGAAAAUCGGAGUGUGGAACAGCACUGAGGGAGUUAAUUUUACCCGAACCUUCAGCGACGCUUACACACAAAUUGUCGAGAGCUUGCAGAACAAAACUUUUAUCGUCUCGACAAUAUUGAGCGCGCCGUACUUCAUGCUGAAAGACUCAAGCGUAAAACUAGAAGGUAACGCACAAUACGAGGGCUACAGCGUGGACCUGAUCCACGAAAUAUCGCGGAUCCUGGGGUUCAAUUACACGUUCGUGAUAGUCCCGGACAAGAAAUACGGGUCCUACAACAAGAAAACCAAGGAGUGGGAUGGAAUGAUAAAAGAGCUGCUGGAUCAAAAGGCGGACUUGGCAAUAGCCGAUUUGACUAUUACGUACGACCGCGAGCAGGCCGUUGACUUCACAAUGCCUUUUAUGAACCUGGGUAUAAGCAUACUUUAUAGGAAGCCCAUAAAAAAGCCACCAAAUUUAUUUUCAUUUCUAAGCCCUCUCAGUCUCGACGUGUGGAUCUACAUGGCCACGGCUUAUCUCGGCGUUUCUGUUCUUCUAUUUAUAUUAGCCAGAUUCACACCGUACGAAUGGUACAACUCCCGUCCUUGCGGAAAGGACUGUGACCACGUACAAAACCGUUUCAAACUAAUAAACUGUCUGUGGUUCACAAUCGGGUCCUUAAUGCGUCAAGGCUGCGAUAUUCUGCCCAAGUUCAGUCCGUAUGAGUGGGAAAACCCUUCUCCGUGCAACGCCCAGCCUGAAGUCUGCGAGAACGAGUUCACACUCCUUAACUCACUCUGGUUCACCAUAGGUUCGCUCAUGCAGCAAGGCUCUGAUAUAGCGCCUAAAGCUGUAUCAACGCGAAUGGUCGCUGGAAUGUGGUGGUUUUUUACUCUGAUCAUGAUAUCCUCGUACACUGCGAAUCUAGCGGCUUUUUUAACGGUCGAGCGUAUGGAAUCGCCUAUUGAAAGUGCCGAGGAUCUCGCUAAGCAGACUAAAAUUAAAUACGGUGCUUUGGCCGGCGGGAGCACUGCUGCAUUUUUCCGGGACUCGAAUUUUUCAACGUAUCAGCGAAUGUGGUCAUUCAUGCAGUCCGCAAAGCCGAGUGUAUUCACAAAGAGCAAUAUGGAGGGGGUCGAGUGGGUUAUCAAGGGCAAAGGAACAUACGCAUUCUUGAUGGAAUCCACAUCCAUCGAGUACGUGAUCGAGCGUAACUGCGAGCUCACUCGAGUCGGCACUGAAUUGGAUUCUAAAGGAUACGGGAUCGCGAUGCCUCCCAACUCGCCCUACAGAACGGCAAUCAGCAGCGCUAUUCUCAAGCUCCAGGAAGAGGGCAAGCUUCACACCCUCAAGACCAGGUGGUGGAAGGAAAAGCGCGGCGGGGGAAAGUGCAGGGAGGAUAAUCAAAAAGCGGGAUCGACGGCAAACGAGCUGGGACUGGCGAACGUCGGCGGCGUCUUUGUGGUGCUGAUGGGCGGCAUGGGUGUUGCCUGCGUGAUAGCUGUUUGUGAGUUCGUGUGGAAAAGUCGGAAAGUCGCUGUUGAAGAGCGGAAAUCAUUACACUCGGAGCGAACGAGUGAAAUGCAAUAUUCUGUGGACAGCAUCGAUUGUCUAGAAAAAACAUCGAGCAAGAUAUCGUGUUAUUGGGAUAAACAACGUCCAAAUUUAUCAACCGUUUCAGAAGUAAAACCUCCGACCCCCGGCUACUCUAAGUACACACAUUUCGUUGGAAAACCGCCAUUGACAUAA